CUGACAUACAAUCGGACUGAAAGUGUCUCAUGCAAGCAAUUUCUGCCUCAGGCUGCCUCACUGCCUGCUGCCCUGACUAAGCCGUGUUAUCAGAUGCAGGCCUCGAGGCGAUCCAAGGUUCCAUCCGGGGCAGAAUUCGUCCGAUCCAUGAGCUGGUCCACCGCUAUCGGCAAUGUCCGUCAAAUUAUUCCCUGGCGUUGACACCGCUUCCCGGUCUUCCUCAGCGCCGGCGUGUCAGCAAUCAGCAUCGCAGCUAGCUUAGAUCAUGGGCUGUGCCGUGACCCACGCUCCAUCCUGAUAAAAGAGACCGGGCCCCAUGCUGUCUGACCCAUUCCAUUCCAAGAGCUUUGCUGGUUAUGACGCAUGCGAACUGCUCAUGAGUGAGCUUUUGCUGUUGCGCGCCUUGCUCCAUCGUCACAAUGGAGCCUCUCGUGCCUGUACCCAUGGUGCCUUUAAUGACUCCGGGCGGGGCGGGAGACAUCGGUGAUGUUCCUGACCCUGGUUUGGUGCAGAGAGAAAUCUGGCAAUACCGAACCCGAAAAGCCUCAGCUUUUGUUGGCGCAGGAAAUUUGCAUCUGGCGUUGUUGCUGUCUUCCUGGGUGGUGAUUGUGCUGUCAGUCAGUCGGCGCUAUGUUCGACACUUCCGGGCGAAAUCGCGGGCUCCGAUCUCCCCGCAGGGGCAACCCGAGAUCGUGGCAUCGCUGCCCUACGCGUUUGCGCAUCUGGCGGCCGCCAUUGCGGCCUGUUGUCUGGCCGGGACUGAUAUACAUCUGGGAGGGAGUUGGAAACGGUCUCUUUUACUGACCUAUGUGGUGCUCCUGGGGAUUGGACGGCUCUGCUGUAAGAGCUAUGGCGGUCGGCAGCAUAUGUAUUGGCAUAUGAAUGGGGUGGUGAUGGGAGCGUUGGUACUGGCGGUGACGCAGGAUAUAGCGCCCAUGACGGUGAUCGGCGCGACGUAUCGGCCAAGCUCCGUUGGAGCUGCGAUUGUAGCUUGUUUGGCUGCAGUGGUGGCUAUCGCACUGGCUACUCCCCGUCCGCGACGCUCGGUGCGUGACACCGAGACGGAUGAAUUGGUGGAAGCCAAAGUGUCGCCGGAAGAGACGUGCUCCCUAUUCUCGUACUAUUGCUCGUAUGAGUGGAUCACGUAUGUGAUUCUGCGAGGCUGUCAGAGGGAUCUGACCCUGGAUGACCUCCCUCCGCUACCUACAUACGAUGAGCCAUUGAAAUGGCUGAAGAAGAUCAAGAAGCAGCGUCUGAAAGGGGGAAAGACCUUCCGGACGCUGUGCCGGAUGCUGAAGAAGGAUAUCCGAACCAUGAUGUUUUGGGCCGCCUUUACGGCCGUGGUGGACUUUCUCGCGCCGUACUCGAUGCUGCGGCUGUUGGCCUACCUGGAGAAUCCCCGGAGUGCGAUCCUCCACCCGGCGCUGUGGAUUGCCCUAUUGUUUGCCGGGCCGGCGACUCGUUCGCUGUGUUACCAGCAGUACAUCUUUACGGCUACCCGGCUGCUGGUCCGUGUGAAUGUUUCCCUCGUGCAGGAGUUGUAUCAGACUGCCAUGCGGUCGUUCAUCUACGAUGAUUCGGUCGGGCAGUCUGAUGAAGGGAAACAGGCCAAGUCGCGGAACCGGGCCGAGUCCAAGGGGGCUUCGAAAUCGAGCCAGGCCAACCUGACUAGUUUGAUGUCGUACGACGUCGACGCCAUUUACAGCUCGCGCGAUAUCUUCUAUAUCGCGACUGCAGGCCCCAUUUCUACCACGCUCGCUCUGGUGUUUCUGUACCAGAUGCUGGGGUGGCCCUCGUUGUUUGGUGUCCUGAUGCUGCUCUGUUUGUCUCCGUUGCCUGCGAUGGCGUCGCGCAAGGUGUCCCGUAUUCAACGAUCCGUGAUGCAGGCCACGGAUGCUCGACUGGCCAAAAUCUCCGAGUACUUGCAGUCGAUCCGCACGUUAAAGUACUUUGGCUGGGAGCAUGCGGCGAUGAGCAAUAUUAAUGACGUCCGGCGCGUGGAGCAGCGCCGUCUGUGGAGACGUAGCGUUUUCGUGGCGCUGAUCUCCAUGGCCGGCGAGCUGUUGCCGCUGCUCAGUCUGCUCGUGAUGUUCUCGGUGUACAUUUUGUUUACUGAUCUUCCGCUGCGGGCCCCGGUUGCCUUUACGUCUUUGUCCAUCAUGGAGACGCUGCGGGUUCAAUUCAUCUGGCUGUCCAAUAUCAGCCGAUACGCCGCGCAAGGGUCCGAGUCGCUCCGCCGUGUCGACCGCUUCUUCGAUACGGCCCGCGAGAUCCAGCGGCAUCCGGACGGGCCGUUGGAGUUGACGGACGCGACCUUUCGACGCACCCCGAUUGCGGCCUUCCGGCUGCAGAAUCUCACGGUCCGCUUUAAGCCGAAUGCACUCAAUGUGGUGACCGGCCCGACUGGCGGUGGCAAGACCUCGCUGCUUCUGUCGGUUUUGGGCGAGACGGUGCUGGAAUCGGGGGCUGCGACAUGCCCGCGGGAUGUGGCGUAUGUGCCCCAGGCGCCGUGGCUCCAGAACGACACUAUCCGCCAGAAUAUCAUCUUUUACAGUCCGUUCGAUGAGGCGCGGUAUGCCCAGGUCAUCGAAGCCAGUGGUCUGGCGCAGGAUCUCCGACAGCUCCCGGCUGGUGACCUCACCAUGGUGGGAGAGCGAGGAACCUCACUGUCGGGCGGCCAGAAACAGCGAGUGUCUUUGGCCAGGGCUUUGUACUCCCCGUCGAGUACACUCCUUCUUGAUGACAUCUUCUCGGCGCUUGACACCCACACCACGAGUCUCGUAUAUGACAAGUGCUUUCGCGGCGGGCUGCUCAAGGACCGGACGGUGGUGCUGAUCACUCACUAUCCGGCUGCCUUGCAGGACGCCGAGCUGGUGGUCCGCUUGGAGCAUGGCAAGAUUGUGCCGGCUCGGGCGUUCAAGACGCAGUCUCUGUCGCAGUCCCGAUCUACCACCCCGGGCACUGAUACCGACUCGGUGUCUGUGCCCGUGCCGGUGACCGAAGCUUUGAAUGCGCCGUCCGAGCCUGCUGCCCCCGAGUCAGCUCCUGAGCCUGAGACCCGCAUCUCCAAGGAGACGUCUGCCACGGGGCGAGUGCCUCGCACGCUAGCGCUUCGCUAUAUGCUGUUGUUCGGCGGUCCGUCGUACGUUCCGCUCGUCGUUGUCGCCACUAUUUCGGUGCAAUUCGCCUACUUUGCCAUCACGUAUUGGCUGUCUAUUUGGACGGGGGCGUACGAGCAGUACGAGCACCCAAACACGUUGUUCUAUCUUGGGGUCUACGCCGCGUGCAUCCUCACGUUUCUGUCGUUGCAGCUGUGCAACAAUCUGAUCUAUCAGUACGGCAGCUGGGUGGCGGCCAAGAAGACGCACCACCGGCUGGUGACGGCCGUGCUGUCGGCGCCGAUUGCCUGGUUCGAUCAGAACCCGAUCGGGCGCGCCAUCAACCGCUUCGGCAACGAUACCCGGUCGUUGGACACGGUGUUGGUGGAGUGGCUGCGGAUGUCGAUCGAAAAUAUGCUGCGGUUUUUGCUGCGGAUUGCCAGUGUUGCAUCUAUCAUGCCGAUUUUUGCUCUCCCGGCGGCGGUGAUCUGCUCGGCCGGCUUUCUGAUCGGGGAAAUGUACACGCGGGCGCAGGUGUCCAUCAAGCGGCUGACUUCGGUGAAUUACUCUCCGGUCUUUUCCCACUUUACCGACUCGUUGUCCGGGUUGAGCGUGAUCCGGGCGAGAGAUGGCAUGGACCAGGUGUUCCAGAACUUGCUGGCAGAGAAGCUGGCCGUGCAUGCCCGCUCGUCGGAGGCACAGUACAAUUGCAACCGCUGGGUGUCUGUCCGCACGGAUUUCUGUGCGGCGUCGGUCGCGGCGGCCGCUGGGUGCGUGGCGUACUUUUGGUCGGGGUCUGCCGGCCUGGUGGGAUUCUCGCUGACGAACGCGAUCGGACUGAGCCAGACCAUUCUGACGCUGGUGCGGACGAUGAACGAGCUCGAGGUGGAGCUGAACUCGUUCCAGCGAAUGAUGGAGUAUGCGGAGAUUGAACCGGAGGAGACGCUGGGGGUGGAGGAGCGGCGCAGGGCGGAAGCAUUGCCUGCCAGCUGGCCCACGUCCGGCCGGGUGGAGUUUACUGAGGUCACGGCUCGAUAUCAAGCUGACGGGCCUGAUGUGCUGCGGAAGGUGUCGUUCGUGGCCUAUCCUGGCGAGCGCGUUGGCAUCGUCGGACGGACGGGAAGCGGCAAAUCCACGCUCGGGCUGUCGCUGCUGCGCUUUGUCGACAUUGUCGGUGGCCAGGUGACCAUCGACGGGGUGAACAUCGACCAGAUCCGACUGAACCGGCUGCGCACGAGUGUCACGCUGAUCCCACAAGAGCCGGUGUUAUUCUCCGGCGACGUGCAGUCCAAUCUGGACCCAUUUGGCGAGUCAAGCGAGACCGAGCUGCGCGCGGCCUUGUCGGCAUGCACGACGAUCCAAGUAUCCGGCGAGCCAGGGAAGCUGCGACCGCUGUCCUUGGACACACCUGUCGCAGCCAACGGCGAGAACUUUAGCCAAGGCCAGCGCCAGGUGCUGAGUCUGGCGCGGGCAAUGUGUCGCCGAUCCAAGGUGGUGUUGCUGGACGAGGCGACGGCAUCGGUGGACCACGAAACAGACAUGCACAUGCAGCGGGUGCUACGGACGAUGUUUUCCGACUGUACGAUUAUUGCGAUUGCGCAUCGAUUGCGGACGAUUAUGGAUUAUGAUCGGGUGAUUGUGAUGGGGGAUGGAGAGAUCAUCGAGAAUGAUUCGCCGAAGAACUUGGUCUCCCAGAAAGGAGUGUUCUGGGAGAUGUUACGGAAUACCGGAGAGUAUGAAGAGUUGAUCGAGAUGAUGGGGGAUGCCGAGACUAGAUCUUAAAAUAGAUGACAGUUCAAAUAGAUAGAUUACAUAGAAAAGUGAGAUUACACGGUCUCUCCCAGUUGGCCUGAUACAGAUUCCGAC